GGUAGGUCAGCCGUAGAGAGGACGCCAUGUGCCUUUGAACCAGGGGGAGACUGGAAGCAGGUCUGUGAUAAUAAACUUGAUUUAGUUGUAGCGGGACUGUCUGCCGAGCAACUCCAGAUAAAGCCAGCAUGUACUGCACCAGACGCUGCCUCCGAACCGCGCUGCGGGCCGCCGGGCACCUUCACCGACAACAGCUUCAGCAGCAGCCUCCGUCCUUGUGUGCUCUCAGACUUCUGCAGACCGGUGCAGCCAGCCGAUCGGAGGCCAUCCCCAUACCACAACUAGAUGGAGAACCCAAAAAAUACUCUCCAAAAAUCCAGCAGCUCGUCAGUGAUAUAGCCAGCCUCACCUUAUUAGAGGUGUCGGACCUCAACGAGCUCCUCAAGAAAACUCUGAACAUUCAGGAUGUUGGAAUGAUGCCGAUGGGGAUGAUGGCCGGAGCUGGCAUGCCUGAAGCUCAGGCAGAAGACGAGGACGCACAGCCGGCUAAAAAGGAGAAGACACAUUUCAUAGUAAAGCUGACAGAAUUCAAGCCGGAAGAUAAAGUGAAGCUUAUAAAAGAAGUAAAGAGCUCCAUGCAGGGCUUGAAUCUGGUGCAGGCAAAGAAACUAGUGGAGACGCUUCCUCAAGAAAUCCAGGCUAACUUACCCAAGGAAGAAGCAGAAAAGCUUAAAGCCGCCCUGGAGGCAGCGGGAGGCACUGUGGUGUUGGAGUAAAUCUGUAUUCUGUUGAUCAUGCUCUUUGUUCUUCUUAUUACUGUUUUCUUUUUGUAAAAACAAAAACACGGAGAGGAAAGGACCCUAAGAAAUAAAGGAAACAAAGAAAUGCC